ACUUGGUUAUUUAUUUCUAACUGGCUGUUUUAAUAUUUCUUCAACAUCUCCUCAACUAGUUGCUAAUAAGUGCUGGAAAAAAAGCAGCAGCGUACAUUUAUUGUUUUGUAUCCUGCACAAUUCUGUUCAGGCGCGUGUGCACGUUCGCGCAUGCGCACUGGGCUUCUAGAGCUUUCUUCACGUGGGUCUCUGGUCUCUCUCUCCUUUUCAUCAGUGCUACUCGGUUUUCUUUACUCUUUCACCCAGACAGGCUUUGGAGCUGUUGAAGAUUAACUGCAGAUAUGGCUAAGGCUUUCCGAAAAUUUCUCCCCAUGUUCGACCGAGUGUUGGUGGAACGGUUGGCAGCAGAGACUGUGACGAAAGGAGGCAUCAUGAUUCCAGAAAAGUCCCAAGGCAAAGUGCUGCAGGCCACAGUGGUGGCUGUGGGACCUGGAACCACCACCAAGGACUUCUACAGCUGGCCCGAUGAGUCUUUUGAGGAGAUGGACAGCACUCUGGCAGUGCAGCAGUACAUCCAGCAAAACAUUCGCUCGGACUGCUCCAACAUCGAGAAGAUCUUGGAGCCUCCUGAAGGACAGGACGAAGGAGUGUGGAAGUACGAACAUCUCAGGCAGUUUUGCUUGGAGCUCAACGGCUUGGCUGUUAAACUCCAGAGCGAGUGCCACCCGGACACGUGUACCCAGAUGACUGCUACCGAGCAGUGGAUCUUUCUCUGUGCCGCCCACAAGACUCCAAAAGAAUGUCCUGCCAUCGACUACACCAGGCACACUCUGGACGGUGCAGCGUGCCUUCUCAACAGCAAUAAGUAUUUCCCUAGUCGCGUCAGCAUUAAGGAGUCGUCUGUGGCGAAGCUAGGCUCGGUCUGCCGUCGCAUCUACAGGAUCUUCUCCCACGCUUACUUUCAUCAUCGGCAAAUAUUCGACACGUAUGAGAACGAGACAUUCUUGUGUCACCGAUUUACCCGCUUUGUGAUGAAGUACAGCCUGAUGUCUAAAGACAACCUGAUCGUGCCCAUCAUGGAGGAGGAGAACCAGAGCGGCUCUGCAGGAGAGAGCGAAGCCUGACCCGAACGCCUGGACUCACCCAACCCAGAGACACUCCCCUGUACAUAAGUCUUACAAGCUGCACGAGUCUCAUCCUUUGCUUCUUUUCUUUUUCAUCCUAUAUAAACAAGUGUGGUGAUAUUCACCCUCUCUUUACUUGGUAAGUUAUUGUGUGGGUGGAGGUGUUUUAUUCUAACCGUGUUUUUUUUUUUCUUCUUCUUCUUUUCUUCUUUUUUUUUAAUGAACUAAAAAGUUAGAUUAUUUUCUUUAUGAUAAAAUGUAAUAAACACACCUCAUACCCCGA